AUGGAAGACAUGAUGGUUGAGCAUGAAAACGACAUCAAAUGGCCUAAUGGCUUGAGUUUCUUCAGUGCUCUCACCGGACGAACCGAAGACGCCAAGCUUUUAUUCAACUCUGAGAGCUUAGGGAACAAACCAGAAACAAAACAUCACCCGCUUAUACUUGAAGGAAAAUACUCGAAUCAAAAUUCAGAUAGCUUGGAUAGUCAUCCGGAGAAUACGAGGAAGAUGGAUAAGUUAAAGAACUUUCCGAUACCCGCAAGGAUGGCAACGUCUUCAUCGUCGACUUCAGUUGAGCAUCAUCAGCACCAACCCGGGGAGUAUAGGAACUCCGAGCCCGGGAUGUACACGGAUGUCAUGGAAACGUUCUUGGAAUGA